CGGUGUGACUCAUUGGGAUGGCCCAACCAUCCUCUGCCGCAUCGCAAGCACCUCCUCCUGCUGCUGUGCCGCCCGGCUGCAAGGGGCUGGACAACGUCGACAUCGUCCCUGAUGAGGGUGUGAGUCCUCUCAGCCGGCAGCUGUUGGAGGGCUGCCUUCGGCGCAAGGCCGCCCAAGUCACAUCGCUGAUAGGUCAAGGAGCCGACCCGAGAGCCAUCGGCGGCCUUCGUGUCCGCGGCAGCACAGACCCCUCUUACUGGCGAUACAGCUGUCUGUUUUUCGCCAUCGACAGUCCAUCAAACUACCCGCUCCUCUAUGCGGAGGGCGAUGAUGACACUGAUGUGCCCGUGGUGCUGCCGCAGUGGUCCUCUCGGCAGCUACAGCGUGACGUCAUCAAUGCACUCAUCGACGGCGGGGCCGACAUCAAUGCGAGCGCACAUCAACGCGCCGACAUCAAUGCGAGCGCAAAGGCGGACAGGCCCAUCAAGGUGGCCAUUGCGGGUGGCAAUCUGACGGCUGUCGAGGCCCUCCUGGCGCGUCAGGUCGACGUGCGGGGAUUUGUGGUGAUGCAGCUUCCACGACUCUUCGAGGGUGGUGCUGCCCCUUCCGCCACUCGUGAGUACGAGGAUGCUCUCAUGUCGGUGUACCGCCGGCUUGCCCAACACGACAGCACACUCGCAGCGGAGCGGUGGGGUGGACACAAUCUGGUGCAUCUGGCGGCCAGGAACUCGACUGCGGAAUUCUCCCAGUCCUUCAUCGAUGAGUACCUGGACCUCAUCACCAGCCACGGAGCCGACAUGACGGCAACAGACACCACCGGCUGGACGCCACUGCACUGGGUGGCAGGGCAUGGCUCCCCCUGUGUGGUUCAUUGGCUGUGCCGCCACCUCAGAUCCGACGACGUCAACAGAGGACUGCCGCACCUGCCAGGACUGCCGCACCUGCCCAACAAGACACCCCUCGCCGUCGCUGCCAUUUAUUGCACGGAACAGCAGCAGCAACAGGGAGAGGGGAACGAGGAGCGCUCGAGACUUAUCCGCGAGUACAAGACCAUCAUCGGUGUGCUGCUGCGGGGCGGGGCGGCCCCAUCCAUCGCCCGCAUGCCCACCGCCACCGAAGCUCACCGUCGUCAGCGUCAGCUGGUGCUGACCGAGUAUGCCACAGUGCUGAGUGAGCUGUCCGAGGCCGUCAUGUCGGCCAUCAAUGCCGCCCUCGCCCCCCAGCGCGACCACUCGAUGCUUCUCGCCCGUCUGCUGCCCCUCGCCCCCCACCACGACGGCGCCCACCCCCACCCCUCCCCAUCCAACAUGGCAUUCGGCCCACACGAGGCAGAGGCCAUCGCAUGGAAGAUCGGCGCCUUCCUGCACGAGCCCCCCGCUGCUGUCGCCGCCAUCGACCAGUAUCUCAUCGGCGAGUCGGUGCUGAGGCGCCGCGUCCGUGCGGCCGUCGGCCACUUCGUCAAGUCGGCGGCCACUCAGACGAGCAGCAACAGGGAGGUGGUGGGCGGGACGAGACACGAGCAGCAGGGCGACAAGCGCGUCAAGGUGACCCUGCCGCCUCUGCAGUGCUUCGCCGUUCGUGGCAGCGGCGGGCAGGUGGUGGGCACGGGUGUGCGUGAGGUGGUGCACCGGGCCCGGCUGGAUGAGGCGGUCAGCCAUGGGGUGGUGGGGGUGGUCAAGGGCUUCAACAAGCAUCUGGGCGACCAGGACUGCCAGUUCGAGUGGGGCCAGCUGGGGCGAAUCGACAAGGGGACCGGCCUGUUUGUGCCGCUGGGCAUCGACUGACUGAGAGGGAG